UUUGAUAUCCCAGGGUUCUCUAUAACGAUAAAAUGGCUGCGCCCAGGAGUAUAGGAGUUUUAAUGCGCUUUUUACGUUUAAAUCGUUUUUUCUUAAGUUCGCAUAUAAACAAGUCUUUUGCUGUUCCUAGUUUAAGGUUGCAGAAUUGCACAGUUUCUACAAAUGUCAAGCCGGAAUACCCAGUUGUUAUUGAAUCCACAGAUGAAUUCAAAUUUGUGGAAAGGCUUAUUCCACCAACGAGAAUCCCAGAACCUCCAAAUCAUGACAAGUACCCUACACCUUCAGGAUGGAAGCCACCACAGGAUCCAUUGCCUGAUCUUCCAUACCAGGUGAGACGCUCACGAAUGCACAAUAUUCCAGUGUACACGGACAUCACUCAUGCCAGCAGGAAAAUAACUAUCAUUCGAAAAAUUGAAGGAGAUAUUUGGGCUCUUGAAAAGGAACUGGAACAGUACUUAAAGCAAAUAACAGAGACUGUGCCACCUAUUCAAGUCAAUGAAGUUAGCAUGAGUAUCCUGAUCAAAGGCCAUUUUGACAAGGAACUGAAAUCAUGGUUGUUGGACAAAGGCUUCUGAAGAGCUACUUCCAGUGUGUAGUGUUGAAUGACUUUUGUAUAUGUCUUGAGUGAUCAUUGUUAGCUGUAUUGUAAGGUAUUCUGGCCCAUCUUAUACCUUUGAAACAGGUUUUCCAGCAUUUGUUCAUUGUACUGAAGUCCAUGGAGGAUCGGCUACAUUUCAUAUUGAUUUACGUCUGUAUGUAAAUUUAAAUAUGUAUGUGUUCCUUAUUUAAUGCAAUCAAGCCCUUAGUCUUGGGGAUUUGAGUAAGAUCUUUCUCUUCCGCAGAACUCCAAAUGAUUUGAUUGCAAAUCACUCUUCAUUCACAACUGCACAUACUUUUAUCUGUUCCACAGAGGUAGUGUGUGUAUGUCUAUUAUAUAUAUAUAUAUAUAUAUAUAUAUAUAUAUAUAUAUAUAUAUAUAUAUAUAUAUAUAUAUAUUUAUAUAUUUUUUUUUUUUUAUUACUGUGCAGUGUUGACUUUAUUUGCAGCAAGGCAGACUAUUUCAUUCUUGAGGAAAUAGUGUCUGACAUAAAAGUUAUGAUUUUUGUAUUUGAGAUCGUAAUAUACUAAAAUGGAUGUUACUUUUUAUGUGAGCAGAGAAAAAAUUGUAAACUAAAAUUUUCAGGGAGGACAAAUGCAACCUAUACAGUUCAUAUUUAAUGACUACUGGUACAAGAUAUGCUACAAAGUAUAACUCUGAAAAGCAGUACGAGACUAGAGAUGAUAUUUUAUUGCAAAAUAUUGUUGGGAAUGUCUUUUUUUUAACAGUUUAUGUCAAGAUUCCCCCUUCAGAAUGGAUUAGACUUGUAGUAUAGAAUACAGGAGAUUUCAUGUUACACUGAGACUUUAAAGUAAGUUACAUUUCAGUAUCAUGUUAAAUAGACUUCUAUUCUUUAUUUUGAUGGGUACGUAUUGAGAACCACACGCAGUUGUUUGCACGUUUUAAGCAGUUCUUGGAGCUUGCAGAUACUGAGUGACCUUCGUUAAAGAGUAGCUGACUAUACAGUGAUGUACAACUGGUUUUAGUAGUAUGAAAUGAUAUGGCAAGAAGUGGACACAGCACAACUUUGUCUGUUUCACAACCAGCCUAUAUGCAGAAUUUAACAGAGAAUACCUUACUGCCCAUGUAAUAUACUCUUUGCUUCCAAGACUGUUUCACUUGCCAUCUUUCAAUGCAACAGAUUUUUACUGGCCAGCUCAUUGGUAGUGUUUUGACUGAGACUUCAUUGCUGGUGGCCAAGAAAGGUCUGUUUGGGAGAGAGACUGAGCAGCUGAUGUGGCUCUGUCUCUCUUCUACAGGCAGUUCUGCAGUGCAGAUGAUGACCUGUCACUUUUAUACACCUAGAAAUGCUGGUUAGAGCACAUAAGUAAUCACGGCAGGGCAGUAGAUGGGCUUUGAGGGUCAUGGCCAGAACUGGGGUAUAGCUUAAUAAAUAGUUUGGAGGAACACCAAAGUAUGAGGCUUGAGGCCAUAUUAAGCCUAGCAGCUAGCUUAAAGGAUUACUGCUAUGAGUGGUUAACCAGCCAGGAUACAGAGUUUGAUUUCCUCGGCCUUCAUUUGCCUACUAUGCUUCCUUGAGUAAGUCACUUAACCAGGUGGUGCUUGGGGGCAGCUGGGUAUUUGGGCUAUGCUUCUCGAUGGUCCCUGGGCAGCAAGCCUUGUAAAGUUCUGUGAGUCUGUAUAACCAAGGUUGCCCCCUUUUUUAUUUCAAUGUUUAUUUUAUUCCUGUUAGAUUAAAUAGUUUCCGAAAAGGAUGUGACUUACCACUGAUUAAUUGCAUAAAGCUAUCCUUGGUUCUGAUUCAGUAACAUCA